UGUCUGCGCACGUUGUUUAGCGCAUUGUCACGGUGAUAAACAACCGAAUCACCUGUCAGGUGUAAAAAGAAGUUGCUGUCGACGACUAUUUUACAUUUCUACAAGACAAACUGCUUACUCAAUAACAGAUAUAUAGACUAGUUUACAUCAUGGCUUCUAAGCGAAUCACUCAAGAGACAUUUGAUAAUGCUGUGAAAGAAAACAUUGAGGAUUUUGAAAUGGAACCGGAAGAAGCGUUAGAAGAUGCAGUAAAGCAGUUUGAGACACAGGGCAUUGACCUCAGUAACAUUAUUAAGUGUCUCAAUCUGGGUGAUGGCAGUGGUGGAGUGGAAACAAAACAUGCAGUUGUCAUGGCAAUUGAUAAACUCAACGAACUUCUACAAGGAGACGAUAAUGAUACCCUGAUAUCUGAGAAUCUGAAGAAGUUUAAAUCUGAGUGUGAUCUGGACUUUGCCCGUCGUAGUCUGGCAGCGACUAGUCAGGCUUAUGUAACAUUGUAUAAACUUUACGAGAAAUAUAAAAAUAAUGCUGAUAUGUUAUUGCAUGUGGUUGUCGCAUUGGCCGCUUUUUUGAAUGGACAGCCCGAUAUAAUAGAUAAGGUAGGAAUAGGAGUUUUACUUCAGUUGCUGCAACAGUAUAUGGAGUUUGCACAUCUGACGACUGCGUUGUUGAAAACGAUCAGAAUAACGUGUAUAAUGCACGAGACGAACCGUCAGUCCUACGUCAAGCAGAACUUAAUACCGCUUGUUAUACAGGUGUUGGAGAAACACAGAUGUGAUGCAUCAGUUGUGAGGGAAUCUUGUCAGACUUUGAGAAUACUAACUGUUGAUGAUGAUGUGCGUGUUCCCUUUGGACAUGCUCACGACCAUGCAAAAAUGAUUGUGGAAGAAGGAGCUCUGAAGACAAUCCUGGCAACUAUGCAAGAGCAUACAAAUGACAAGGUUACCAUGAGUGAACUGUGCGCCUCUUUAAGUCGUCUUGCUGUGAGAAAUGAUAUCUGUCAAGAAAUUGUGGAUCUUGGUGGUUUGAAAUUAGUGCUGAAGAUCUUAGUAGAAAACAAUGAUCAUAAAACUAUUGUGAAGCAAGUGUUCGGAGUGUUGAAAGCUAUUGCUGGCAAUGAUAAUGUGAAAAUUGCUAUUGUCAAUUCGGGUGGCAUUUCUGCUUUAUUAAAUGCCAUGAAUCAAAACCAGGGCCAACCUCAGGUCUGUGAAAAUGGUUGUGCGGCUAUUGCUGCCAUUUCACUGAGGAACCCUGCCAACUGUAGAGUGGUCAUACAGUCAGGUGGAGCACCUAUCAUAGUACAAGUCAUGAAGAUUCAUAGAGAUGUGGAAACAGUUCAGAAGCAGGGUUGCAUGGCUGUUCGUAAUAUUAUUGCACGAUCAAGAGAAUACUGUGAUCAAUUUCUGGAGUUAGGAGUUGAGGCGGUGAUUAAUGAGGCUCGUACUAGACAUAGUGGUCUUGAGGAUGAAGCCAAAGCCGCUCUAAGAGACCUUGGCUGUAAAGUUGAACUUAAAGAAUUAUGGAAAGGAGUGAACACUCCUCUUAGACAGUGAAGUCACUGUAAACUAUUCAACUUUUGUCAACGUAAAAUUUUCAAAAUUUAAAAGCUGCGUUUUCAUUUUUAUGUUUCAUAUCUUUCAUUCUUUAAUACUGAACCAAAAUUAAUUCUGUGGCACCAAAGCAGUAAACACAUGUUAAUGUAUGAUAAUACUAUGAAUGAAAAUGAAUUUCUGGUCUACUAAAAAUUUUCCAGCUGGUAUUUGCAAAUGCAAAGCAUGCUCAUCUUAACAUUCUAUCCUAUGUGUGUCCAUUUGAUACCACGUUUUAAUGUAUUACCAUACAUAGAUUGAAAAAUAUGACCCCCCCCCCCCAAUGAAAUGUUCACUGUAAAAAAAUACAAAUCUUGUUGAGCAUACAUAAUCAAGUGUUGUCUAGUUGAAGCUAUUUAUUUUGUGAUACUUAUCUUUGUAUAUGUUUUGUAUUUUUUUCUUACAAAGCGUAUUCAAAUUACCUAAUUUGUCAAUGGAAACUUGAUGUUGCACUUAUUUCUUUCCUUGCCCGUAUCAUCAAAGAUGGAAGGGAAAGGUAUAUUAAGGGAAAAAUAUCUGUCCGGCGUUGUACUCAAAAAUAUGUAUUCUGUAUUUGACAAACAGUUCAUUUGACGAAUGAAAAUCAAAAUUCACAGGGAAUUUUUUUCAGCUUUUAGAACAGAAUGAUAGAAUCAGAGAGUGAAUCAUUAAUUUUUGACAGAAACCUGUACAUCUUGCAUGUUUUAUGAAUCUAUUCACGUCUGUUUUUAUAAUAAAAUUUCUGAAUUACUUUGAAUAAAGCUGGAAAUUAUGUCCCUUAAAAUAAUUAAACAAAUUGGGCACCAAUUUUUGUAAGAUAUUUACAUCAAUCAAGAACAUUCGGAAGAUUGCUUUCCUGCUGUUGUUUCAAUCCCAAAACUUGUUUGUAUUCAAAAUGAAUUAUGACAAUGCAUAUUCAUAUUGAAACAUACUAUGAUAAAGGAAUAAUAUUAUAUAACAAAGGGCAAGGCCACCAGAGUUCAACUGUUUUGAUUUAGGGAAGAAACCAUCACUGCAGUCAUGUAUAUCACAAGAUAUUGCACAAUUCAUAACAAACAUGUAUGUACAAGGCACAUAUUUUUGCCAUUUUAGUUGACAGUGUUUUAUGCUCAUUAUACAUCUACGACUUGCAUAAUUAAAAACUCACUCUAUUCACCAAUCAGAAUGACUUGCUCAGCGAAUUGGAAUGUUAGUACAAUAUAAUAUAUAUGAAUUCCAAUUCCAAUGACUCAG